UCCUGUGGCGCCGAAUCGACAAAUUACACUUGAACUUUUCAACAUGUGAAAUUCAGUAAACCAAAGUUUAGCCAUAAGAAGGAUAUUAAACUUCUCUUUGAGAUAUAUAUUAGUGUUUAUAUUUCAGACUUUAGUGUGUGAGCUUCAGUAUGGCGCAAAAACAAACUUUAGAGGUCCGAUUCGUGGCGGACGAAGAUGUUUUGGAUCAUAUUGUUGAGAAACAACAAGACACAAAACCAUCAACCCAUGGAUCCACACAGAUGCUGGUGACCCUGAAAACCCCCCAUAAAUCAAAGACAUCCACUGAGGAAGAAGAGGAGGAGGAGGAAGAGCUGUUUAAUGAGCAGAUCUAUGUGGAAGCUCUGGGCACAGGAACACAAGAUGAUGCUGAGAACGGAGCAGUCGCCGCUGGAUCUUCUGUUUUCUCUUUCCAGUCCAUCAAACGGGCCAAUAAGAUGGCUCAGAUGGCGUCCGAGUUGGCUCGCACGCCCGGUAAAAGUGUGACUUUCAGCACGUCGGACACAAACGAGGAGUCCGCAAGCCCGACCCGCACGGAGAAAAAAUCAGCCAAUCAGAAUAAAACCCCUAAGAAGGGCAAGAAGGUGCAGUUUAUCUCGACAACACCUCACAGACUGCGCAAACGACUGUCAGCUCCGAGUCUGCGGUCAGACAGCGAGAGUGAUUUCUCCGCCUCAAACUCUGAGGAUGAUGAUGAGGAUGAUGGUGAAGAACUCGAUGGAAAGAAAGACACACAGUCAAAAACUCCCAGUAAAAAAACUGCGGCUGCGCUCUAUAAAACACCCAGUAAGAAAGGCAAGAAAGUGCCAGAGUCUGAUCUGGUGGAGGAAUAUUUUGACGCUCACAGCAGCUCUAAAGUUCUCACGUCUGAUCGGACCCUCCAGAAACUACAGACGCCCAAACUGGACCGGGAAACGCUUCUCAGCCUUUUGAGUAAAAAUCCCUCGAGUUUUGCUGAAGAAAUUCAUCAGCUUAAUGCAAAACAUGAGAAGAACUUCAAGAAGUGGAUGCUGCAGCUACACAUGGGCUUCAACAUCCUGAUUUACGGUUUGGGGUCCAAAAAACGUCUUCUGGAGAAGUUCCGCACAUCGAUGCUCUCCGACUACGAUCACCUGGUGGUCAACGGCUUUUUUCCGAGUAUCACCCUGAAAUCGAUUUUAAACUCCAUCACUGGAGACGUCUUAGAACAUGAGGGAACGUUCCGGAAUCCCACAGACCAGAUCAACUUCAUUGUGAAAACUCUAAAAGAAGAUCCGAGUAAUCACGUGUUUCUGAUCAUCAAUAACAUCGACGGGCCGAUGCUGCGUGGAGACAAGAACCAGCAGGCACUGGGGCAGCUUGCGUCUAUUCCCAACAUGCACCUGCUGGCCUCCAUCGACCACAUAAACGCCACACUGAUUUGGGAUCAAGCCAAGACUAGCAUGUUCAACUGGCUCUGGUAUGAAACCACCACGUACCUGCCGUACACUGAAGAGACGUCAUACGAGAAUUCACUUCUCGUGCAGCAGACGGGAGCGCUGGCGCUAAGCUCGCUCACUCACGUCAUGCGCAGUCUGACGCCCAACGCCAGAGGGAUCUUCACAUUACUGGCAGAGUUCCAGCUGAAGAAUAAAGACAACCCUGCGUACACGGGUUUGUCAUUCCAGGAUUUCUACCAGCGUUGUCGUGAAGCGUUCCUGGUCAACAGUGACAUCACACUGCGAACACAGCUGACCGAGUUCAGAGAUCAUAAAUUGAUUCGCACCAAGAAGGGUGCUGAUGGGGUGGAAUAUCUGCUCAUUCCUGUCGAUAACGGAACUCUGACCGACUUCCUGGAGAGAAGCAACGUGGAGUGAUGCUUAAAACCCCAAAACUCUGCGGCCACGUCCGAUCGUAUGGUUCCUUUUUCUGAAUAAAGCUGAUAUUUCUGUUAA